UAGAAUACAGGAUGAUAUUUUCGGCUGGCCUGCUGCUUGUAACAUGUGGAAUUGUGUUCAUAACAGUUCUACUGGUCAAGGUAUUCAAUUACAAGCAGCAAGCAAAGUGCAAAGUAAACACAUUACAGGAUGACUCGUCGCCCGCAGCCGUGGUUGAGCCGGAAGUACUCAUCGUGGGAGCCGGUGUCGUCGGUUCUGCACUGGCAGCGGUGCUGGGUCGUGAGGGCAGGAAUGUCGUGCUGCUGGAGCGGGAUAUGAGUGAACCGGACAGGAUUCUGGGAGAACUCCUGCAACCAGGAGGCUUCCACGCUCUACAGGAGCUAGGACUCGAAGCUGCGUUGGACGGGAUAGAGGCAGAGGCGAUGCACGGAUACGUUGUUCACGACCUUCACACCGGCUCCAAUGUCGUGCUGCACUACCCCAAGGACGCUGAAGGUCGCGUGCAGGCCGGCCGCGCGUUCCAUCAUGGCCGCUUCAUCGCUGGUCUGCGCAGGGAGGCGCAGAAACAAGAGACAGUGACCGUGAUCGAAGCAACGGCUACACGACUGAUAGAAGAACACGGUGUCAUAGUAGGAGUACAGUACAAAGCCAAGGAUGGUGAGGGCACGCAGCAUCUCCGCGCUUCGCUCACGGUCGUCGCUGACGGAUGUUUCUCCAGGUUGCGUAGAUCUCUCGUUAAUGAGUCGGUCGUCGUGUCGUCACACUUCGUUGGCGUUCUCAUGGAGUCAUGUCCGCAGUUCCAGUGAAUCAUGCCGAGAUCGUACUAGCCAAUCCAGCCCAGUGCUAAUCUACAAGGUGUGCCCUCGUUACACACGAAUUCUUGUUGACGUUCCGGACACCUAGCAAGGACAUGCGCUGCCACCUGCUGGAGAGAAUUCUCCCUCAGCUGCCGCCACACAUCCGCGGCGCGUUCGAAGACGCGGUGCAGUAUGGCAAGCUUCGUUCGAUGCCCAACAGGCUACCUGCCACCAAGCACAACAGAGAAACCCGGGGUCAUUCAUAGCUGA